AUUAGUCGUCCGUUGGGCUUGCACAGAGAAGAAGCAUAUUACAUUACGCGGUCUUAUUCAAAGCCACGCAGGCCAGGCGAAGUAAAAAUAGAAGGUCGACCAAUUGGAGGAAGAAGUUUUGAAGCAUUGACCAUCAAAUCCAAGGAGGCAAAAAAUAUCAACAUGAUCCUGGACGCUAUUAACCAAGGAUUCGUCACCCUGGUCGUGUUCCUGUGGGACACUCUAAUUCCAAUUUUUCGUAAAAUCCGGCUCUUCAUCCUCCUCCCGUUUACCCCGAUUUUGAAACCGUUCACGAAACACUUGUUCAGCUGUAUCGACAUAAGGCUCGACUCCGACGUGAAAUCACGACCCGACAUUUGCAUCCUGGAUGAGCGAUUUUACGCCCGAUUUUGGGCCGACCAAGAGAUCGCUUUUGAAGAAAUGUACGUGGAAGGGUGGUGGACGACGGAAAAUAUGACGGCUUUGUAUGAAAAAAUCUUGCCCUUUUUGAGCCGGUAUCCAUGGAUAGUGAAGCUUAGCAUUGCCCAUUGGGAGGGGGUGUUUAGAUGGGGCGUCUUGAACACGGGGCGGGAAGGGCACAACUUCAGCGCACCGCCGGAAUAUGACUUACCCGUGGAGUACUUCAAACUGAUAACGGACAAGGAGCACAUGCAACACUCGUCGGGUUACUAUGCCCACGGAGCGACAAGCUAUGCGGAGGCGCAGGUCGCAAAACUAAAGUUGAUCGCGGCCAAACUCGACCUUAAAGCUGGGAUGACCCUGCUCGAUUUGGGCUGUGGGUUUGGCGGUCUCUCCAAAUUCAUGGCGGACAAUUAUGGCGUCACCGUCGUGGGAGUCACGGUUUGCGGGUCGAUGGCCAAACAGUCAGCGAAUCACUGCGUCGGGAGCAAUGUAACCAUCAAGGCGAAAGACUGGAGGCGCGUGGAGGGAAAAUUUGACCGGAUUACGGUCAUUGAAAUGUUGGAACAUGUCGGGAAACAUAAUUAUGACGAAUUUUUUAGAAAAAUCGAAUCUCUCUUGAAGCCUGGUGGCAGGAUUCUACUGCAACAUUACUUUGUGAACCCGGGUGUUCCCAACUUUGUCGAAUUUUUCUGUAAAUACCAAUUCGGCCAGGUGUACUUCCCCGACAUGCACGAGUUUGUGAAGCCUUGUUGCCGCCACUUGCGCGUCGCCAACACGCAGGACAUCACGUUAGACGCGGAAAUCACGUAUCAGCACUACAUCGGCAUGUUGGACGAUAAUCGGGACAAGAUGGAGGGUAUCGCGGGGCCCAAGGUUUGGCGGGCUUGUCGGAUCACGUACGCCUCAGCGGGCGCCAUGUUGACCACGAGGGACUUGCUGGUGUAUCACACCAUCCUCGUGCGAAAGGAUGACCAGAGCAGGGUACCCUUGGCGCAGUGAGGAGCGCGUUUACUUUUCAAAUAUCCGGUCACACCUUUCGCCAUAACCGUAUUUAAAAAAAAUGUAUUAAGGCUUAAUUUAUAAAAUCUAUUUUCUUAUGGUCUGUGCAUUAAUAUUAGACUUAUUUUGGGGUGUGUUUAUAUUGUGGAAAAAGGUCUAAUUUUAAAAUACAAACCAUAUAUCCUUCUUUUUCAGCCCGGUCUCAUUCUAAUUAUUCAAGUUGGAGGUAAAAAUUCGAGUUCAAGUAUACAUAUAUGUAGGUACAUCAUAUUUUCGAAAUCCCCGCGUAGCUAGGUUAAAUCCACAUCAGUUUUAAAAUGAUUAUUGCCUAACGUGUCUAAUGUUGUAUUCAGAAACGGGUAAUUACACUUAUAGUGAAGUAUGUACUUAUAUAUUUAGUUGAACUCUUUUUUUUUGUUAAAUAUGUAAUUCUCUGAUGUAAAAUAAAAUAAAAACGGAUCUAUUUGGUUGGUAAUGGGCAA